GUUCACCACAUUAGACACCUCACCAAAAUUUCUGACCAUAUCAUGCUUAAAGUUGCCCAACUUUUUCCCCCCCUCUCUCUCUCUCUCUCUCUCUCUCCACCCGGAGUGCUGAGUCUCCUAUAACUUUGCUUCGGUUCCAUAGCCCAUCACCUCCAGAAAAACUCUGAGCAACUCCCUCUCUCUCUCUCCCUCUCUCUCUCUCUCUCUCUCUCAAGCAUGGUUUUGGUCGCGAGCAAAGGGGGCAGUGCCGAUGAAGGGGAAGUGGUCGAUUUUCGAGGGAAGCCGGUGGACAAGACGAAGACCGGAGGAUGGCUUGCUGCCGGUCUAAUCUUAGGAACAGAGCUUUCAGAAAGGAUAUGUGUAAUGGGGAUAGCAAUGAACUUGGUGACAUACUUGGUCGGCGAUUUGCAUAUACCUUCGGCGGCAUCUGCCAACAUAGUCACCAACUUCUUGGGCACUCUCAACCUUCUUGGUCUUCUUGGUGGCUUCCUGGCUGAUGCUAAGCUCGGACGCUACUUGACAGUUUCCAUUUUCGCCUCUAUAACUGCUGUGGGUGUGACUAUGUUGACUCUGGCCACUUCGAUAAGUAGCAUGAGACCUCCUCCAUGCAGUGACUACAGACAGCAACAUCAUCAGUGCAUUGAGGCUAGUGGCAAGCAACUUGCUCUGCUCUAUGCUGCGCUCUACACCAUUGCGCUGGGUGGCGGCGGCAUAAAGUCUAAUGUCUCUGGUUUUGGGUCUGAUCAGUUCGACAUCUCAGAUCCCAAGGAAGAGAAGGCCAUGAUCUUUUUCUUCAACAGGUUCUAUUUCGGGAUCAGCGUCGGAUCGUUAUUUGCGGUAAUAGUGCUCGUGUACAUACAAGACAACGUCGGAAGAGGAUGGGGAUAUGGUAUAUCAGCAGGGACAAUGGUAAUUGCGGUGACCAUAUUACUAAGCGGGACGCCGUUUUAUCGGUUCAGGAAGCCGCGAGGAAGCCCUUUAACUGUCAUUUGGAGGGUGUUCUUGCUGGCUUGGACGAAAAGGACUUGCACUUAUCCUUCUCACCCAAGCCUUCUAAAUCAGUUCCAGAAUGCCAAGGUCCUCCACACAGAGAAAUUCAGGUGCCUUGAUAAGGCGGCGAUCCUAGAUGAGAAUGCUGGUACUAAGGAAAGCAUGAACGACCCGUGGAUAGUUUCUACCGUGACGGAAGUUGAAGAGGUAAAGCUAGUACUGAAGCUAAUGCCCAUCUGGUCCACCUGCAUCCUCUUCUGGACAAUUUAUUCCCAGAUGACUACCUUCACAAUUGAGCAAGCUACGAUCAUGGACAGAAAUAUCGGUUCUUUUGUCGUCCCUUCUGGAACUUACUCCGCAUUCCUCUUCAUGACGAUUCUUCUCUUUACUUCUCUAAAUGAGAGGGUUUUUGUCCCUGUGGCCCGAAGGCUCACCCGCACGAAGCAAGGACUCACAAGCCUGCAGAGAAUCGGGAUGGGACUUGUUCUGUCGAUGGUUGCAAUGGUGGCGGCAGCUAUUGUCGAGAAGGAGAGGAGGAAAAUCGCCGUUCAAGAAAGCAAAAAGAUAAGUGCUUUUUGGUUAGUCCCGCAGUUCUUCUUUGUGGGUGCCGGGGAAGCUUUUGUCUACGUCGGCCAACUCGAGUUUUUCAUUAGAGAGGCACCGGAAAGGAUGAAGUCCAUGAGCACAGGGCUUUUCUUAAGUGCAAUUUCGAUGGGAUUCUUCCUGAGCAGCUUGUUGGUGUCCCUUGUAGACAAAGUAACAAAAGAUAGCUGGCUCAAAAGCGAUUUGAAUCAGGGGAAGCUCAACAACUUCUACUGGAUGCUCGUGGUCUUAGCAGUGCUAAACUUCCUGGCUUUCCUGGCCUUGUCGAUGAGGCACCAGUACAAAGUCCAGAAUUACGCUAGGGGCGACAAUGACGGCGAAGAGGAACUCGAGACUUCAAAUGAGACGAGAGCCGACAAGAAGGAAAACGGGCUAAUCGCUGAAGAGAAAGGAGAACUUCAGUUUGCGUGAUCUUAGGAGCCGACAGGAUUCGUUUCGCCCAUUACACUUCACUUUCCUGAACUAGGAGGAACAUCAAGAUACAGAGUUGGGUUUGAUCUUGCUUGUAAUAGUAGAAGCAUUUGAAUUUUCCUAGCUCGGGCCAUUAUGUCGGCGACGAAAGAUUGUGGCAUCCAAGAGAUGUCCCGUGAAUACCGCCUAUCUCGAUAUUUAUAUAUAUUU